AUGUCAGACCUGGUCGGUCUCUUGGCUGACUUCCGCAAAGCGGAAGCUGAUUGUGACGCCAUCCACGCAAAGUGGUAUCUACCGGUGGCCGUCACGCUUGCUGCUUCAAGCGCCGGAGACAGGGUUCCCGACCUGUACCACCUUGCUGUUGCAGAUCUGCCAUUGGAACAGGAGAAAAUUGUCCAACGACGCAUCAAGGAAGCCUUGUUGAAGACGGGCGUUCUCAUGGGAAUUCCCAAGGCUCUUCAAUCGCUCGUGCCGCUAUACCGAUGCUUGGACAAGGACAAGAUUGAUGCCUAUGGACCAAGGACCGAGAGUCUAGGCUCAGUAGAGGCGACAAAGGCUAGAGUGGAGCAAGCGCAACACCACUUUGACACGCUUUGGACACCAGAUUCGGCCCGUGAUUACAAGCAAUUCCUUCGGGAAAACCAUCCUGACGCCUACCUUCUCUACACGAAAUGGAGUUAUGAGUGUUGGUUUAGUGAGGAUGCUAUCCUGUCGCUGAAGGAGACGCAGAUCUGUACAACUGCUGCUAUCAUGUGUGUGAAUUCUCCUACACAGGCAUUGUGGCACACGCGUGGUAUUGUUCGCGUUGGUGGUACGAUAGAAGAGGCUCGAUUGACACAGGAGAUGAUGCUGCGCAUUGCAAAUAGAUUCAGUGCCAGGACAGGGGACAUUGUGGCGGUGGACGAUAUCGAGUUCGACGAUAAGCCUUCUAUUUAG